UUUCUAUUAAAGGUAAAAUGGCUACGAAAGAUAGCAGACCUAAUGUUUCUAUCCGAGGUUGUAUCAAGAUAGGUAUAGUGCUGUUAGCGUUGUUCACGACAUUCCAUCUGGGAUUUUACAUUAUAGUUGAAAGUAAAGCAUUAAGGAGAAUAGAUACUGACAUUGGAAUGAUUCGGAAUUACAGUGCAAAUAUAGCCAGAAGAAUACGAGGACAUUUAAAACAAUUCAACGUUAGUGAAAAUGUGACCGCGAGUAUGGCGAUAGAUGAACGCACAAACCGAACGGCUAGUUUACCAGAAUGUCCAGCCACACCACCAAACCUUGUUGGUCCGCUUGCUACGUACCGCCAUGAACCAUCUUUUGCGGAAAUGGAAGCAAACUUGUCCUACCUGAAGUCCGGGGUAAAUUUUUCUCCAAGGGAAUGUCGCACUGAUCAACGGGUUGCCAUAGUGAUACCAUACCGUAAUCGGGCUUCCCAUCUGCGCACACUCCUCUACAACCUUCACACAAUGCUGGAGAGACAACAGAUCAACUACGGAAUAUUCGUAAUAGAACAGGCCGGGAACAGCACUUUUAACAGAGGACUUCUGAUGAAUAUUGGAUACACAGAGGCAAUCAAAUCUUAUAACUAUAGCUGCUUUGUGUUCCACGACGUCGACCUUGUCCCGGAAAAUGACCGGAUCUAUUAUGGAUGUGGUCAGAACCCGCGUCAUCUGUCGGCAGCUGUUGAUAAAUUCAAUUAUAGACUUCCAUAUAAAGGCAUAGUUGGCGGCGUCACUCAACUGCCACGGAAGGUUCUUCAAAAGAUCAACGGUUUUUCCAACCUGUACUUUGGAUGGGGAGGAGAAGACGAUGACUUGGGGAUCAGGUUAAAGAUAUCCAAUUAUACAGUGGAAAGAUACAGUUUGGUAAUAUCGCGUUACAGAAUGUUAAAACAUCAACGGGAGAAAGGCAACGCACCCAAUCCUAAAAGGAGGAAGUUGUUAAAGCAUGCUGCCGAACGUAUGAAAACCGAUGGACUGAAUAGUUUAACAUAUAAAGUGUUAAACACACAAAGAGGAAAACUUUUUACUAAUGUUACAGUUGAAGUAAAUCAUAACUCGUACGUUAUAAAAAUAUAAGUCAUUAAACCAUAUACUCGCUACAAGAUUAGUUAUUGUAGACAGUAUAGCAUUGCGAAGAAAUUGACGGAUGUAUCCUGUUAGUUCACUAAAUGAAGCUUAGGGAAACAUUGCUGUUAACCCGAAUCUUCUUGAAGGAGUGCCACCAAAGCAAAAAGUGAAAGACACGCUGCAGGAUGAAAUAAAAUGAACAUUAUCCUCAAAAUGGCUGCCAAGUGGAGGCAUCUAAUAGUUUAUUGGUGAAAUCUGGUUGGUUAUUAGACAAGCAGAGGCUUCUGAAAAUUCGGAAUGUGAAUAUUAAUAUUCAUUAAAAUACCUUGCCUUCACGAAAGUUAACCAACUGUUGUGAAUAUACGUGACGAGCUGACUUCUCUACACGGAUCACGGUCCUAUGGUGAAUUGGAGAGAAACACUCCUGGUGGGGAAUGUUCUCGGAUGAUCGUCCUUCCUGCAGAGGACUUGUCAUUGGCUGGGUGGUUGUCCUGCCUGUCUCCCGUGCUGUGUGGAUACAUGUCGGCAAUAUAGAUAUUGAGUAUAUAUCAUUGUAUAAUCGUUCAUCUUGCACAACACUGAAUUGUCUGAUUUUACGAGUGCGACUUCUAUUUCUGGUUAUUAAAAGAUUACCUACAUUU